UCUCUCUCUCUCUCUCUCGAUCAGCGACCUAUAUCAGUAUUCUGCCGUUCCUCUACUUCAGCUCUUUCAGUGAUUUGCAGAGAAGAUGAAGAUCUUUGACUGGAUGCAUCGAAAGUUUCACCCCAACGUGGAUUACUGUAUGGUUUCUCGUAAAAGAGAUACAUUUGCUGACUGCGGAAAGAAGUCGUCAACGCUCACGUGCGAUACGGACGCGCUGCUCAACGAUCACGUGACCAUCGUUGACGUCCUAAGCGGCUGGCAAGAUGGCAUCCUGACCAUCGGCACCUUCGGCCUCGAUCAGCUCAAACACUUCCCACCUGACGACGAAUAUUCCGUACAAGAACAGGAAUAUUCCGUCACGGAGGGAGAUGACACCGUUAACGAUGCUGGAGAAGCUGAAGAAGAACAGGAAGAGUUCCAUCCGUCCGCCGUCAACGCCUUCAAGGAAGAGCUGGAGAAGGUCUUCGGCGCGAAUCCCGACGCAUCUGCCAUCGGAGAUGAGAUGCUGAAACCCGAUGCCGCAGCGGACAAUCCCCUCCGUCGGUUCCUCUCUACACCGGAAUUCAACGGUGGCGAUGAGCUGGAGAAGGACAAGAAGAAGAAGGGAGAGAGGACGACGCUGGCCGAUCUGUUCUCUGCCGACGCCGCCUCGGCAGCCUCCGCUGCCGCCGGAAAGUGCGGAUCCGGCAAGGCCUCGCCGGGAUCCGGGAAGAAGCCGGCGUGCAGUACAAAGCAUGUGCGGUCGUUGGCUAAGAAGCUGAUGCCAUGGAAGGGAGAGGAAUCUCAUCCAACGAGAAAAAUACACCGAAUGGUAACAAAGAUGUUGAAGAGGAAGAUCCACCCCGAGCUGGACCAUGAGAUUCAUGGAGCCGUUGGAUCUAUUGAUGCGUUUAAGGUCGACCCUUCAAUCGGCAACCCAGGUCUCAAGUACCAUUUAAGUGACAAUGCCGGAAAUGAAUCUAUCUCUUUGCUUCAUGAUGUUGUGUUGGAGUUGUGAUCGGAUUUUCAUGGCUGGGAAGUUGUUUUAGAUGCUGUGGUGGGCCAUAUGUCUAGUUUUCAUGCAUGUGAGCUGUGUCUUUUGCUUUCUCUUCCUUUCACUUUAUUGUUAUGUUGAUGAUGGGAGCUGUCAUUGGUUACAGACCUUUGAUUAUAAGUGUUUUGGCCCAUAUACAUUGGAUUGUAGUGCAUCUCAAGGGUGGAACAUUAGCCUUA